AUGUUUACUGUGACUAUAGAUCAGUAAUCCCAGUUUAAUAUCGAUCUGUGUCUUCUGCUCUGUGUCUCUGUGUUUACUGUCAAAGUCACUGCUGUCGGCUUCAAUGAUGGCGCUUUAUAAAACAUGGCGAUAGUGUUCAGCCUGUUAGCGAUCACUGUCGACAAGGUUUUACAGUUUUCUGGACUAGUGGACACCAGGAAUGACCUGAAGACCAAGAAGAUGGAGGAGAAGGCUCUGGAAGUGUAUGACGUGAUCCGAUCGAUCCGCGACCCGGAGAAGCCCAACACGCUGGAGGAGCUCGACGUGGUGACAGAGAAAUGCGUGGAGGUGCAGGAGCUCGGCGAGGAAGAGUAUCUCAUCAUCAUCAAGUUCUCUCCCACCGUUCCUCACUGCUCUCUGGCGACGCUGAUCGGUCUUUGCUUACAAGUGAAACUGCAGAGAUGUCUCCCAUUUAAACAUAAGCUGGAAAUUUACAUUUCAGAAGGAACUCAUUCUACUGAAGAAGACAUUAACAAACAGAUCAAUGAUAAGGAGCGAGUAGCGGCCGCCAUGGAGAACCCCAACCUGAGAGAGAUCGUAGAGCAGUGUGUCACCGAGCCUGACGACUGACUCUGUCUGUGUGUGUGUGUGUGUGUGUGUGUGUGUGUGUGUGUGUGUGUGUGUGUGUGUGUGUGUGUGUAUAUUAUUGAGAGGAUACCUGAGCCUGUCUGUCGGCUCUGGGGAAUUUUUUUUUUUUU